CCGUCGUCUCUGGACAUCCCCGUACUUCCCACACAUAGCACACAUACCAUCACUUGGAGUACUCAGCCAUGCACACCGUAUUCCUUCGCCUUCCCGCUCCUUUCCGGACUCUUCAAGUCCCAGCAUGCUCCGGGUCAACCUCGCUCGCCUGUUUGCCUCUUCCCUUUGAACUCGACUCGAACACCUACCUUCGCACCUCAUCCUCGCUUCCUCUUUCACCCAAUACUCAGCUCUCAGCGCUCGGAGAUGGGUCCUCCAGCUCGCCAAUUUUCUUGGAGUUGGGGGUACGCGUUCGAGGAGGGAAAGGAGGGUUCGGAAGUCAAUUGAGAGCUGCUGGUGGGAGGAUGUCUUCGGGAAAGAACACCAACAACGAUAGUUGUCGGGAUCUGAACGGUCGACGGUUGAGGACGUUGGCCGAGGCGCAAAAGAUGGCGGAACUGGUCGAAUCCUCCGAAAAGUCAUCCGCAGCCGAACUCGCAGCCAACAAGGCCAAGCUCCAAGCUCUCGAGCGUCAACUCGGCAUCUCCACGUCUUCUGCCUCUUCCAGCUCAAAUCCUUCAGCCGCUGGAUCUUCGAAACCUACAAACGAAGAAACAGACGCCGAGCUCGUCAGGAUCGCACAGAAGCGGAAGAAGUUCGACGACAAUGCAUUCUUCGAGACAAGCAGGGAGAUCAACGAUGGGGUUCGGAGUGCCGUUGCUGCUGGUUUGCUAAAGAAGAGGAAGAAGGCCAAGACGUCCCCCGAGCCCGCUGUCGCUGACAAGGGUAAAGGGAAAGCCCCAGCUGUAGAGGUUCAGAAGCAGGACAAGGUCGAGACGGGGCCGGCGACCGUGGCCGCUACGGCAUAGGCUAUGAGGGAUCGCAUUAUUUACCAGUUUUACUCGGUCGGUCAGUUGUAUGGUAUCCACUUGAGAUAUUUGAUGAAUCUGUUCGUGUGAUUGCAUCACGACGUUGGCCACAGUACAUGUUCAGUGUCCAUAGUCACUUCCGCAAUGUUGCCCUUCUACAAUCUCCGACGCUUGUAGCCAGGAAAAACGAAGAGGAAACCCCGAUGGCAUUUUCAAUGGGCCCCUGAGAUACCAGUCGUUUCUCAAGAAUUCCACGUCUGGUAUAACGGCGGCGUCGAUGUCGACAAACACGCGUUGGCUCACCUCUCUGUUCAUGGAGGAUCUGCCUCUGCGACUGCCUC